GUGGUGUUUGAUGGGUGUUCACUCAGGAUUUUUUUGGCUGGUGUAUAGGAUACACCUCAGCCGAAUGCAGUAACAGACAAGCCCAUUUUGUGCUUUACACCUAGCACCCCCACCAUGUGGAAGAGGAAGCUUAGUUUCAAGAGGAAAGGGCCUCGACCCACGCGGAGGCUGUCCCAGCCUCUGGUGAAGAGCCUCAGUCUGCCGGAGACCUGCGGGGCGCCCAGGUCCUUCACUCCGCCCCUCCGCCACUCCCGCACGGACUACUGCCUUCACGGCGAAGACGAGGAGCGGGAGCCAUCUCCCGGAAUCAUCUGCGAGGGAGAAGCUGUAGACGUCGUAACGGGGGACGAUGACGUCAUACAGGCCAUCCUGAGGAGGAAGGACAGCGACCUGGAGGGUCUGGAGACGCCCGACCUCGACGCCAGCCUCAAGAAGAACUCCAUCAUCCGCUUCAAGGACGAGGAGGGCGACGAGUACUGGAGGAGAGUGGGCGGAUGCGCGGUGUGCGAAAGGAACGAAGCGAGACGCGCCGCGGCCAAGGCUUGCCCCCUGUGCGCGAGGGACGUGAGAGCCGCGCGGGAAGAGGUCGCGGGUGAAGGCGCAGGUGAGAGCGAGGCGGCCCCGGAGGGGGUCCCUCCAAUUGCGGGAUCCCUCCAGCAGGAAAACGGCGACGACACACCGAAAUUCGAGGAAAACGGAGGGGAAUCGCAUGGCGACCAAGAGGAGGCACACGCCGACGAUGAGGAACGCGAGAACGACAGGGAAACGCAUUCUGAGGAAGAAGGACCGCAUGUUGACGAAGGAAAAUCAUGUGACAGGUUUGUGAUGGUUUCACCAAUAUGAUGGAUUGUUACGCGUGUGUUUUUGUAGACGUGCCUAACCGCGAUUACAUUAUUGGUGAGAAAUGUUAAUUGCGGGAAUAAUUUGCAGCAGGUAAUACGAAAUGAGGAAUGUGUAAUAGAGACAUUCAAAGGCGGAAGUUCCUUGUUGGCGAUGAUUUAAUUCUCGAGGGGCCAUUCUCUCUUCACGACGCAGUAGUGGUGGACGGGGAGGGGAAGUGCUGCAGUAUAACAAACAAACGUUAAUGGGCCAGAAAGCAGUUAUGAUUUCAUACCAUUUCUUUGUGAAAUGGUAUGAAACGAGGUAGAAGGAAAAUGAUAAAUAGGGAACAGAUUCAUAGGCGUAAAAAGAAAAAAGAGGAGUCAGAAUAAUGUUCGUAAAGUGAACAAAAAAGCUGAUCAUUGUGUUUGAGAGAGGAUGAAUGAGAGAGGGUAUUCAGGUGGAGCGCUGUGAAUAAUAGAGAAAUGAACGUCUAUGCCAAAUGCCUUCUCGUUUUACUACUUUGUCU